CGACACAGGAGAGUCUAACGCUGAAGUAGGAGAGUCUCGAAAAACAGUUAGAACCGUUGAGGUUGAGCAGGUUGAGGACGUUGUUGGCGCUGGCACAACUAGUCCCUACAUGAAAACCCAUACUCUUGCUGACACCAGUGGCAGUGCAACCCGUACUCUUGCUGAAGGGAAUGAUAAUGCUGUAGGUCCUGAGGCUCCUACACCACCUCCUACACGGGUCACAGAUGACGAGCAGCCAGGAAAAGUCUCGCGGCUGUUUACUCCGAGUCCCGACGAUGAGGUGGCUCGACAUACUGUAUCAUUUGGGACUAGUAGAGAUCUUCUAGAUCAACACAGCGUGGGCCUUGACCAAGAACAGCCCGCAGCUUCAUCUAGUACUGCAGCCACGAAGAUAUCUUCCACAAUCGCCAUCCAUCCCCCACCAAUUCUUGGUUCGACCGAUCGUAGAAGCUUCCCUUCGACCUCCUCGUCUUCCUUUGGAGGCACUACACAAGGAGAGGAACAUAUUAGUUCCUCGUCUUUUACAACCACCAGUAUGAGUUAUUUACAACAACAAGCUGGUGUAUUUCGGUCCAGCAGUUCCUGUUGUUCCGCCACAAACGUGAAAAUGACUCCGAUUGCUGGUCGCGACCUCGCGUUCGGGGUUGCGGAGCACUAUGCGCCAGAUUGGAACGCAGUGAGAGUGAAACUGAAAGAAGUACUACUGUCGAAGAAGACAACUUCUAGGUUUGGAUUGCCAGUAACUGAAGAACGGAGAAUUGGAUUGCCAGAACAAGUAACUUCAUCUUCUAGGUUUGGAAUUGGAUUGCCAGAAAAAACUGAAGAUGAAGAGCGGAGCUUGACGAGCAGCACACGGGCAGGUGCACGGGAAGCACAGGCAGUGUCUUCUUCAUCUUCAUCACCACCUCUUGGGGCUUCGGCUCUUCGUCCAGUUCCAGGUACAGAUGUACAACAAGAACUAGGUACUCACGCUCAAGCAGUUGUCGUGAAGGAGCUUCGUGUUCCUCUGUACUCGGCACCUCCGACUAGCAUGGUUGUAAGGAAGAAGACACUGUUGAUUAUAGAGGAGAAAGUAGAUGGUGAUGGGAAAAACAUGGCAGUAAAAGAGGAGCUGCGUAGUGCUUAUGUCGAAGGUGGAGCUCUGAAACAUGAGCAGGCGGAGGUGGACGAUACUCUCAAUCAUGAACCGGAGGACGAUAUUCCUGGUCUUGAUGAGGCAGCAGAACAGCAUUUUCCUAUACCUUUUCCAGAAGACAGGGUAACAAGUUCUUUAGGCGGGAAUGAGUUCCUUGCCGGCUCCCUAGAUGACGAUGACGAUGAUGAGUUCCUUGCCGGCUUCCUAGAUGAUGAUGAGGAUGAUGCGGUGCCACUGGUGCCCCUAUUGG